GCGUUGCCGCUGCCUCUGCCGUUGCCGCUGCCGCUACUUGCCAAGCCGCCAACGACGACCCAUCCAUCAAUGCACGCCACACCGCCCACAACGCCGCCCACGCCGCCGCCGUUGCCGCUGAACAUGAGUCAAACGGCCACAACAACACUGGCUGCCACAGCAACAGCGGCAAUGGCGGCAACAACAACAACAUCAGCAGCUGUAGCAACAACAGCAACGACGACACACAGUCCACCUGCCACGCCCACUGGAAUUGGAGGCACCUCAGCGGCCCCGCAGGAUCAUUACAGUCUGCGCUGGAACAACCAUCAGAAUCACAUACUGCGCGCCUUCGAUGGCCUCCUGCAGACCAAGACCCUGGUGGAUGUGACCCUGGUCUGUGCCGAGACCUCGAUUCGUGCCCACAAAAUGGUCCUGUCCGCCUGCUCGCCCUUCUUCCAGCGCGUCUUCGCCGAGACGCCGUGCAAGCAUCCCGUCAUCGUCCUCAAGGACUUCCGCGGCUGGGUCGUCCAGGCCAUUGUGGACUUCAUGUAUCGCGGCGAGAUCAGUGUGCCCCAGCAGCGGCUGCAGACCCUCAUCCAGGCGGGAGAGUCCUUGCAGGUACGCGGCCUUGUGGAGAGCUCUGUGCCGGAGCACACGCCCACGCCAGCCGCCUCGCCCGACGAUUUCCACCUGCUGGAUGCCUCGCUGCUCUCCUCCAGCUUUGAGGACGACUCACCUUCCAUGGUGAGGCCAGCGGCUGGCAAACUGAUCAUGCCUUCUCGACUCUUUGGUAAUCCGGCCAGCGCCAUGGCGGCGCUCAGUCUACGGCGCAAGCGGGAGCAGGAGUAUGAGCGGGAGCAGGAGAGUGAUCAGGAGCUAGGUGGCAGUUCGCCAAUGCCACGACGCAAGCAGGCGCGUCCCAGACGUCGGUCCGGCGAUGUGCCUCACGACUUUGCGCUCAACAAGCCGGAUGCGUCGAUGGAAACGCUGCAAACUGUGAUCAAGCACGAGCUGCGGGAGGAGCAGGAGCAGGAGCCAAGCGAGAAGCGCCCGCGUGAGGAGGACAGUCCAAUGUCCCAGGACGAGCAAGCACAGAGAGGAGAAGCCAAUGAGCCAGAGGCGGAGAGCGUAGAAACUGAGCAGCAGGAGAGAACGCGGCUAUCCAUUCCCGAGAGCAACAAUCAACAGCGAGAUCAGGAGCUAGAUGAAGAGGAAGACGAGGAUCAAGAUCACGAGGACGAGGACGAGCAGGACAUUGAAGAGCUUAUACACACGACCAACGAGUUGCGUCGACAGGCGGCGGUUGCCGCCGCCAAUGCAGCCGCCAUGUCGCCCUGUCCCAGCGACGGACCCGAGGAUCUCUGCACCACCAAGAAGGACAAGGAUACGAGCAACAACUCGCAUUCCUCGGAUGGCGAGAGCAACAACAACCACAACAACAACCACAACAUCAACAACAAUAACAACAGCAGCAAACUGCAGGACAACAAUCAGCGCAUCAUGUUGUCCUUGAAGGACAUCAGACAGUUGAACGCCAAGCCGAAUGCAACAUCAACGCCCAACCACACGCCCACUUCCUGUGCACCUGGCAACAAUGGCAUGCUAUCCUUUCCCCCGCCAGGUCUGCGUCCUCCCGGCCUGCCCGACAGUCCGCCCUGCCACAUGGAGGCGCUGGAGGCGCAAAUGCAUGCAGCCGCCGCUGCCGCUGUGGCCGCUGCAGGCGCCGGCGAGCAUCCUUUCCACCACAUGGAGCAUCAGAUGGAAAUGUCGCUGGCCGCUGCCGCCGCUGCGGCUGCAAUGCAUCAGCGGGAGCCGCGGGAUCCCCGAGAGACCCGGGAGCAGGCGAUGCAGCGGGAGCACAAUGCAUUUGCCAGCAAUCUGUUGGGGCCCAUGGGAUUGCCGCCCUUUGGGGGGCACAAUGGUAUGCCGGGAUCGGGAUGUCCGCCGGGUCAGGCGCCGCAUGAGCGGCUGGAAGAGAGCAUGAAUCGGCUGAGCAAGGAGUUUGGCAAGGAGUUUGGCAAGGAGUUUGGCAAGGAGUUUGGCAAGGAUUUUGGCAAGGAUUUUUGUAAGGAAUUCGCGCCCACGUCACCAAUGAGUUUACCCGGACACUAUAAUCCGCCGGACGGACAGCCGCAUCCGCCAUCGCCGCUGCCCUUUCCUGGCAUGUCCUCGGCGUUAACGCUAACGCCGCCGCACAUGUUUGGUCUGGAUUCACCAUUGGGCUUAUUUCCCCCCGGCAUUGAUCCUGGCAAACUUUACAAUCCGCUGAUGGAAAUGAGCGAUCCACGCGAUAUGCCCGGCGGUCCACCGCCGUUUCUAAAAAAGAAAAUGCCACGCCCCAAAGGACAACAUUCGGCGCCACGCGGUGGUCCGCCACGUUCGUGGACCAACACGGAAUUGACGGAGGCACUGCAGCAUGUGUGGAACAAGAAGAUGACCACGUCGCAGGCAUCCCGCAUCUUUGGCAUACCCUACAACUCGUUGCUCAUGUAUGUGCGGGGUAAAUAUGGCAAGAGCUUGAAGCUGGAGCAGCUGCGCAAGGAUUGCAUCAGUGGUCCGCCCAUUGAGAUGCUGCAGAUGGGUAUCAGUGGCGGCGGCGGCGGCAGCUCCAAGAGCGAUAAGAAGGAGCGCAAGGAGAAGGACAAGGACAAGAAUGGAUCAGGCGGAAAUUCCAGUUCGGGUGGCAACAAUGGCUCUUCUGGUAAUCCAAAUGGCAGCGGCAAUGGUGGCCCGCCUCAAAUGCCACAUCCCGGAGAUCUGGGAUCAUUGGGUCCCCUGGAUCUGGAGCUGGGACUGCCGCUGGGUCCGCCAGCUGGUCCGCGUAGUGGCAGCUCGGAGCCGGAUCUACUUGGCGGACCCAAUGCACUCUUCAAUCCCUUUAAUCCGCAAGGCUUCUAUCCGGACUUUGCCGGCGGCUUUCCGGGUCUGCCGCUCAGCAUGCUGAAUCUGCUGCCGCCGGCGGAGCGCCAUCAUGCGGCGGUGGCCAUGCACCACUUGGGCGUCAGCAUGGAUGAGGACUGCAAGUCGGUGGGCUCCAAGCAGUCCUCCUCGAUGGACGACGACUUCGCCGCCGGCUUGCCCCUCGCCUUGGAGCAGCGUCGCCAUAGCGAGAUGUCCAGCAAUGGGGCGACGUUGGCGCAGGCGAAUGGAGCGGGGCAGGAUUGAAACAUGUGGCGGGAUUGGGCUGCCAACCCAAUGUUCUUCCCGCCCUACGAGCUGGAUGAGGCUGCUCACUCCCCGCCCGCUCCACCGCCUCCACCACCGCACGGAUGUCGCGACUUCAACUUUAACCCCAGCCUGUUUAUGGCGCGGCGCAAGCUGAAGCGAUAUCGGGCCAAGCGCGUCCAGAUGCAGCUACAGGCGCCGGCCGGAGGACCAGGAGGAGCAGGAGGUCCGGGAGGAGCCCCUCCACCACCGCCUCCAGCUUCGGCGACGGUGCCACGCCCCGUGCUGCCCCCGCCGCUGCGAACUUAAGUUAAGCGUUGAUCUAACUGUGAACAUCGAUGUGA